AAGAACAAAAACCCUAACCCUCAGUGUUGUAUCCUUAAAAACAGUUAAACCUCAAACUCUUCUCCGGCAAUCCGUUCUCUCUCUUUUUUUUUUUCUUUUUGUUCUUAACAAUAAAUAAAUAAGGAAAGGGAAAAAGAUGGUCUGGUUUCAAUGCGAGGAUUGUGGCGAGAACUUGAAGAAACCCAAGUUAUCAAACCAUUUCAGAAUUUGCUCUGCUUCCAAGCUAUCGUGUAUUGAUUGUGGAGUGAUUUUUGGGCAGCAAAGCGUUCAGGGUCAUACACAGUGCAUUACUGAGGCAGAGAAAUAUGGUCCUAAGGGACUGGGAAAAGCACCAAAUGGUUCAAAUGCAAAACCCAGCAAACAAUCAAAGGAAAAACCUGAUAUUGAUAUAAAUGUGGGGUUAUCUCAACGUCCUCCAUGGUUUUGUAGUCUUUGCAAUACCAAGGCUACCAGCCAGCAGACAUUACUUCUUCAUGCUGAAGGAAAGAAGCACAGAGCAAAAGCUCGGGCUUUCCAUGCUAAGCAACAACCUAAACAGAUGGAAGAAUCUGUUCCAGAUACCAAGGUUUCAACUGAAAAUAAAGUGAAUGGUGAAUUGCUGGAGAAUAAAUCCAUUGAAGAGCUCAAACCACAGGACCUGCCCAAAGAUGGCCAUAUCCAAAUCAACUCAGAAGCAGCAAAUGGAGAUGUAUCAUCAAAUAAAAAGAGAAAGCUAGAUGUCACUGUGAUUGUUGGUACUGACAAAAAUAGUGGGGAUACUAGCUCAGACAAAACAGGCAAUGGAGAAGUCAUUCACACAACGAGAAAGGCAAAGAAAUCCAAACACGAUGUUAUAAAAGAAGAUAAAGCAUUAUCUGCUACUACCAAAGAAGAUAACAAAAGGAAGAUAAAGUGGAAGAAGUUGAUUAAAGCAGCAUUGAAAUCCAGUUCUGAUGGAGUUUUGAAGAUGCGGAAGCUGCAAAAACUGGUUCUAAAGGCCAUUCAAGAAUCAUGUGUGGAUGAAGAUGAGUCCCAACUAAUUGAAAUGUUGGAGCACAAGAUUACUUCAAGCUCAAGAUUUACAGUUGACAACAAAUUCGUCCGACUGGUGGCUAAAGACUCAAAUUAAGCUUUAAUGAAGCUCUUUUUUGGUGGAUUUUGAAGGAUGGCAAUGUCACCAAACACCAGUUAUUGGUGACUAUUGCAGUUUUACAAUCAUUCAUUCUUUUCUUUUCCUUU